CGGUUCGAUUCGAACAGUUCAGCCCCCGCGAACCUUUUGAGCUCUCUCUCUCUCUCUCUCUCUCUCUCUCUCUCUCUUUGAGGGUUUAGGGUUAGGGAUUGAAAUACAGGAAAUCUGCGAUCACAUCAAAUCGUUGCUUAAUUGACUCUUUUUCGCUGUUGAUUUUAGAAACUUGGAAUUUUUCUCUUUCGGAUUUUCCAUAAUGCCUCGGUAUUAUUGCGACUACUGUGACACUUACUUGACACAUGAUUCUCCUUCCGUCAGAAAGCAGCACAAUGCAGGUUACAAACACAAGGGAAAUGUCCGGGCUUACUAUCAAAAGUUUGAAGAGGAACAAACCCAGACUUUGAUUGAUCAGAGGAUAAAGCAACAUCUUGGGCAGAACCCAGCAUUCCAGCAAGUUGGUGCAGCUUAUAAUAAACAUCUUGCUUCUUUCCCCGGACAACGACCCUACCUGCCUAUGAUAUCACCACCUGUGUUGCCUCUUCCCACAGCUUCAUCCUCACAAAUGGCUCCAGGUGUCAUGCCUCCUGUUUUGCCACGGCCCUUCUCUGGAGCUCCAGGUUAUGGGACAGUUCCAGGGAUGGCACCGAAUGCAGGACAGGGCCCAUUUGCGCCUUCCAUGCCCAUGCAGGCUAAUCUUUCUAUGUUAAAUGCCGCACCACCAGCCCCUAGUUCAAAUGAUGCCUCCUCUGGCGUUAUGCAAGCCAUGUAUCAGGCCAAUCCCAGUGGAGGUGCUGCUCCUGCUAACAGCACUGCAGGUAGCUAUUCUCAGCAACAUGCUCCCGAGGCUAGUCAUUAA